AUGGAUACCAUAAUUGACAUCAAGGACGCCUCUAAGGCGCUUGAUCUAUCCAACAUUCGCUUUCAGUUGAUUCGAUUAGAAGAUACGAUCACUUUCCACCUAAUCGAACGAGUUCAGUUUCCGCUCAACAAGACCAUCUAUAUCCCUGGAGCAAUAGAGAUUGGUCAGGAUAGCAAGCUCAGCUUCAUGGAUUGGUACUUGAAAGAGCAAGAGAAACUACAGUCCCUGAUCCGACGCUACGAGGCACCCGACGAAUAUCCUUUCUUCCCCGAUGCGCUACAGAAGCCCAUAUUAAAACCUCUCAACUACCCUAAGAUUCUGCACCCGAAUACGGUCAACGUCAACGAGAAGAUCAAGGAGUUCUACACUGAACAGUUCUUGCCGGCCGUGUGCCCAGACUUCGGGCGCCCAGAUCGCGGCGCGUCGGAAGAAAAUUACGGCUCAUCUGCUACGUGCGACAUUGCCUGUCUCCAGGCCCUCUCGCGAAGAAUACACUUCGGUAUGUUCGUAGCGGAAUCGAAGUUCCAGUCCGACCCCGAGACAUACACUCGAUUGAUCAAGGCGGGUGACCGUGACGGAAUCGGCGAGUCUAUCACAAAUGCAGCGGUCGAGAAGCAAGUUCUAGCGCGAUUAGGACUAAAGGCGCGCACCUACGGCACGGAUCCCUCUACGAAUGGUUCGGAGGAUGACCGCAAGAUUAAUGUUGAAGCAGUGGUUUCCAUGUACAGGGACUUUGUCAUCCCGUUAACGAAAGAGGUCGAGGUGGAAUAUCUAAUGCAGCGACUAGACUAG